AUGGUGCGUGAGUCUCGUUGUCUUCUUUCUUACGGUCUCGUCUCUCUCGCGAAUCGGCAAAUCAGGGGAGCGACUUCCUGGAAAGAACAGAAGAAGAAGAAGAGUGUGCUCAAUUACCCUCCCUGCAAUAACAACUGGGGGAGACAAGACGAAUUACCUGUUCAGAAAGCAGCAGGAAGCCACUCUCAAACUUCCGAAACAUCCCAGCAAUCGCAAAUCCUUGGAUUCACAGCCGCUGAAGCAACCAAGCAGCAGCAGCUGCUGCAACUGCCCAUUUCUUAG